AUGACGGACGCCUUCCCCGCGACCCUGGCAGGACCAACCUCCAAGGAACGGAGAUAUGAUCGACAACUCCGACUAUGGGCCGCCAGUGGCCAGCAAGCACUUGAAGAUGCCCGCGUUCUACUGGUGAACUCGGAUGGUCCUCUCGGGUCUAGCAGCACUGGAGUCUCUGGCGUGGCGGGCGUAGAGACGCUCAAGAACCUUGUUCUGCCUGGCAUCGGUGGCUUCACCAUCGUUGAUCCGGCCACUGUCACCGAAGCUGAUCUGGGUGUAAACUUCUUCCUCGAACAGGACUCUCUUGGCAAGUCUCGUGCCGAUGAAACAUGCCGUCUGCUCCGAGAGCUGAAUCCCGAUGUGCAGGGAUAUUCCUAUUCAAAGCCUAUCGCCGAACUGCUUCAAGAUCCAGCAUUUCUCCCUCAGCAUAAGCUGAUCAUCAUUUCCGGCCCAGCCAAGCGCUCUACGCUGGAUCCGCUUUGCCUCGAGGCCCAGGAAUUGGGCAUCCCAGUACUUUACACACACUCGGUUGGAUUCUACGCCACCUUCUCAUCUCAAUUGGCCGCAGAAUUUCCCAUCGUGGAAACUCACCCGGAUCCAGAAACAACGCAAGACCUGCGUCUUCUGAAUCCCUGGCCUGAACUCGUCGGCGCAGCAGCAGCCUUGCCUAACCUAGAGACCCUGGACGACCACCAACACGGCCAUGUCCCAUAUAUCCUCCUUCUACUACACUUCCUCGAGGAAUGGAAGCAAUCGCACGAAGGCAACGCACCAUCAAACUACAAAGAGAAGACCGAGUUCCGCGAAUUCGUCCGAUCCAAGACCCGCACUGACAACGCCGAGGGCGGCGAGGAAAACUUCGACGAAGCCGUAGCCGCCGUACUGAAAACCAUCUCGCCAUUCACCCUGCGCAGCACAAUCCGCGAGAUUUUCGAAAUGAAGCAGUGCCAAACACUCACCGCUGACUCGGCUGACUUCUGGAUCAUCGCAUCCGCCAUCAACACAUUUUAUACCAAGCACAAUGUCCUUCCCUUGCCGGGAUCUCUCCCAGAUAUGAAAGCGCAGUCAGCAGAUUACGUCUCUCUACAGAAUAUCUAUAAGAGCAAAGCACGCGCCGAUGUGGAAGAAGUUCUCUCCACAGUGCGCCAGCUCGAAUCACAGCUCAAUCGACCAACGGCACAAAUCCCAGACCGAGAUAUUGAAGUAUUCUGCAAAAAUGCCGCACACAUCAAGGUCGUGCGUGGUCGGGCAAUCCCACAAAUAAAUAGCAACAGUGAUCCCGAAACGCUCAGCUCGAUUCGCAACCAGCUAGCACUGGGUCAAUUGGGUCUGCCAGAGUCGCUUGUUUCUGUAUUCAUCGCAACCCAGAUCCUUGAUGCGGUUGUUGAUGAGAUUCAAAGUUCGUCGCAGAAUAGCUCGCUCUCCGUCGAUGACGAGGCUCUCUGGAAGAGUCAUACGGAGCGGAUUAUGGCUCUGUUGCAGAGAGAUGAUCCCACGCCGUUGGAUGAGGAGGCGAGGGAGUCUAUCGAGAAUGCUAUCAUGGAAUUGCGGAGGGCGGAAGGGGGUGAGUUGCACAAUAUUGCUUCUCUGGCUGGUGGUCUUGUUGCACAGGAGGCUCUAAAGGUGUUGACCAGACAAUAUGUUCCCAUGGAUAACACCUGUGUCUUUGAUGGAGCCCGCAGUCGCAGCGAGAUGUACAGGCUGUGA